AUGGGCGUGACUAUCAGCGGAAGGGAUUCCGUUGCUUGGACAGCCUCCCGACUUUCAUUCUCUUUUCUAGUAAUUCUUUUCCUAUUUUUGAAUCGAGUCGCUGCUGUCGAUAAUGUUACAAAUCCGAUUUCACUCUUUAAGUCGAGGCCGGACCUGUAUCCUCCCAUCCUGACGUUAGAGUUAAGUGUCCAAGAACGGCUGAGCCCUGGAUACAUCUUCGUCACUCCCUACGAAGCAGAUAACCCCGGCCCGUAUAUCUACGACAACCAGGGUUAUGGAGCGGCUGGGGGAAACCAGCAGAAGGGCUAUUGCAGAGGACAUGGCAUCAUCAUGGAUAACCGGUACCGGAUCGUGCGAUCCGUGCAGGCAGGCGGCGGCAUGUCGUCGAGUGACAUGCACGAGUUCAAAGUGAUCAACAACGGAAAGACGGCGCUGAUGACGAUCUACCAGCAGCGUCAAUGGGACAUGAGCGCGUGGAACAUCCGAACUGGCGUAGGAUGGAUCAUGGAAAGCAUUUUCCAGGAAGUGGACGUCGAAACGAGCGAGGUGAUUUUCGAGUGGAGGUCACUGGACCAUGUUGACCCGACCUGGAGUUAUACCUAUCCAGCCGCGACGGACACGUCAGGGACGGGAUUGGAGCCGCACUCGCCCUGGGAUUAUUUCCAUAUCAACUCGAUCGACAAGAACGAGGAUGGGGAUUACCUGAUCUCCUCGCGUCACACGUCAUGCAUCUAUAAGAUCUCUGGAAAGGACGGCAAGGUGAUCUGGCGGUUGCACGGCGCCAAUCCGUCCUUCAAGAGCGUCAACUUCGACUUCUCGCAGCAACAUGAUGCGCGCUGGCUCGAGGAGAAUUCGACGCAUACCGUGUUGUCCCUCUACAACAACGGGUACAACGGCUUCAACCAGACGAACGAUUAUUCGUCCGGCAUGAUCAUUGCCAUUGACCAUGUGGAAAAGACGGCUACUCUGAUCCGGGAGUAUGGACCGCCAGGUAACCAGAUGAUUAGUUCCAGCCAGGGUAACACGCAGGUGCUGCCCAAUAAGAACGUGUUCCAGGGCUGGGGUAACAAUCCGUUUGUGUCGGAACACAGUGAGAAUGGCGAGCUCCUUCUCUGGGGCUAUAUCGCCAAGGAAUGGACGAUGAAUUAUCGUGCAUUGAAGUACCAGUGGGAUGCAGACCCCACCGAUGAACCGGCGCUGUGGGCUUACUCGAAAGCGACUCCCGGGAACAACCAGACCAGCUUUUAUACCUGGAAGUUCUACGGAUCGGACCUGCAGGAGGGACCGUUCCAGGUGCUGGCCAUGGUCGACAAGAACGGAUUUGAAACGUCCUAUGCUCAUCCCGACUAUCAUCGAUGGUGCUAUGUGGAGGCGCUCGACGCAGAGGGCAAGGUGUUGCGACGAUCUGGCACGAACUACUGCGCCGACACGGCGUGCGACAAUGCGGCCGCCUUUGGAUACCCUGGAGAGGAAGGGGCGGGGGCUAUCAUUCCGCCCCCGAUCAGUCCGCUGGAGGCUGAACCCGAGGGGUCUGUUUCGCCCUCGAGUCCGGAGGAGUCUGGGGAAACGGUGAGCGGAGGAGAUCCGGGGGAGGCAGAGGAGCAGGUUGAUUCAGAUUGGAGACAAGGAUCCAGCUCCAGCAGCGACGACAAGGAGGGCCAAGACAGCGGCGAGGUCUUGGCCUCUCUGGCGGACUCUUGGGUCUUGCUUUCUCUGGGCGUUGUCGUCGGGCUGGGAGUGGCCUUUGUGUUUCUCCGGCGGUUUCAUCGACGGCAUCGAUUGACGCGGCUGCGGGAUGGAUCGGAGGAGUCGCUGGAGGAGAUGGAGCGCAAGGCGCGCGAUGGCAGUGAUGGACGGCCGUGGUGGCACUGGCGACGAUGGGCUCUCCCCGCCGAGGGGCCGCAGCGAUACUAUGCAUUAUCCGAUACUUCCCGGACGACUGCCCACGAGAUGCGAAUCAGUCACGACUUUGAAUCCCAGCGGCGUCGACGAGCUUCCAGCGCUUCUUUGUACGGCCUCAACGAGGACGCUCCCGCUUUGCCGAUGAAGAAAUCUAUGGAAUGGCGCCAGCACGCCCGCACCACGUCCCAGUCCCAGGCCCAGAUGGAAGCGCUGCAGGAGCAGGAAUCGCCCACCACGCAGAUGAUGCCCAACAACAACAUCAACAGCAAUAAUAAUAACAGACCCGCGCCCGUGACAUGGAUGUCCCUCCCCCGCAAGGGUCAGCUCGCCUUGCUCGGCCUCUGUCGCGUCUUUGACUUCCUGCAGGUCGCAUCGCUGCAGGCGUACAUGUUCUAUCAGCUCAAGUCCUUCGAUGAGAACUUGACCGACUCCGACGUCGCGACCCAGGCCGGCAUCCUCCAGGGCGCCUUCACCGCCGCCCAGUUCGCGACCGCCAUCCCCUGGGGCAGAGUCGCCGACGCCAAAUGGGGCGGACGCAAGUUCGUCCUGCUCGUCGGUCUGCUCGGGACCGCCGUGUCAUGUCUGGGAGUGGCAUUUGCGACGUCGUUCGCGCAGGCCGUGUUCUGGCGUUCGUUUGGCGGUGCCAUCAACGGCACCGUGGGCAUCAUCCGGACCAUGAUCGCCGAGAACGUCAAGGAGAAGAAGUAUCACUCGCGCGCCUUCUUGAUCCUCCCGAUCGGCUUCAACAUCGCCUCGCUCUUUGGUCCCGUCAUGGGAGGUCUGCUGGCGGAUCCCGUGAGGAGUUAUCCCGCGCUGUUGGGAGAGAACUCGCCGAUCGGCGGCGCCCACGGAGUCCAGUGGCUCAUCAGGUAUCCGUAUGCGCUGCCGAUGUUGAUGAACUUUUGCUUCUUGACCUUUUGUGCGAUUCUGACGGCCAUUGGCCUGGAAGAAACCCUCGAUGCGUGUAAGGGAAAGCCCGGUUUGGGUGCCUUUGCGGUCAAGCUCUUCUUCCGCGGAGUCAGGGCGGUCGUUCCGCGCUCGUCUCGCUGGUACUCCAAGCUUCCGUUCCAGGAGCACGAGGAGGAAGGUCUGCUGGCGCGAGAGCCCGUCGACCGCACCGAGAGCUACGAGAUGGAAGAAAAGGGCAAGCCCGCGCGGCCGGCUCGCGUGCUGGCUUUCCGGAGGAUCUGGACCAAGAAUGUGCUGUGCACGCUGUUGGCACAGGCGUUCUUUGAUUUCCAGAUGGGAGCGUUCAACAACCUGUGGCUCCUCUUCCUCUCGACGCCGCGCUACGACCCGGCCGAUCCCACGGCGGCGCCGCAGAAGCUGCCCUUCAUCUUCACGGGUGGUCUGGGCAUGCCGCCGCAAAGUGUCGGUUUCGCGACCUCCAUCGUGGGCAUCAUCGGCAUGGCGCUGCAGUUCACCAUUUACCCUACGAUCAACGGCCGUCUCGGCACCGUCAAGAGCUACCAAUAUUUCCUCGCGCUCUUCCCCGUCGCCUACGCCUUUGCCCCGUACCUCUCGCUCGCCCCGUCGAGUAGCCCGCCCCCGAACCAAGCGACCGGCAUCUGGGUCUGGCUCACCAUCAUUGUCGUGCUGUUUAUGCAAGUCACCGCGCGGACCUUCACGUUGCCGACCUCCAUCAUCCUCCUCAACAACUGCUCUCCGCAUCCGUCCGUGCUGGGGACGAUCCACGGGAUCGGACAGUCCGUGUCGUCGGCCUUCCGCACCGUCGGCCCGAUCUUUUCGGGGUCAUGGUACGGGUAUGGGCUGGAUGUCGGCGUCGUCGGAUUCGCCUGGUGGAUGAUUGCCUUGGUAUCUGUUUUUGGCUGCAUUGCCGCCAUCUUUGUCUAUGAGGGCUCUGGCCAUGAAAUCCUCCUUCCUGGCGAAGAGGACGAGUAA